CCUUGAUGACCCACAUAUAUACCUAUCAUAAGAGCAGGCCCGGCGACAUUGACAUUAAGUUCUUUUGAAGGUUUAGAUAAGGCGGACGCUUUUCAGGUACGGGCAACGGGAUGCAUCCAGCACCGUCGACGCCUCCCUCUGCCAUGUACCAGAUGCCACCGCCGACUGCGGGCGGUAUAAACGAGCCUCAGGAAUGCCCCUACUGCCGUCGCAACUUUUCGUGCUACUACUCCCUGAAGCGCCAUUUCCAGGACAAGCACGAGCAAUCGGACACCCUCUACGUCUGCGAGUUCUGCAAUCGCAGGUAUCGCACCAAGAACUCGCUCACGACGCACAAGAGCCUCCAGCAUCGUGGAUCCAGCGGCAUGCUGAAGAGGCUGCUGAAGACCACGGCGAUCAAGAACGUCCUAGGUAGCAUGCAGCAGGCUCAGAUGCAGCAGCAGCCGCAAUGAAAAUGUCGGAACCGUCUUACAGUCACCCCGUCCCGGACUCUUACUACCGUUCUCAUUCUGAUCCUCAUCGUCUCUGUCCUCUUCUCUGUCCGGUUCUUUGUCGUCUUUCGCCGAUCUCAUCGUCGACGAUAUGACGCUGCUUGACGAUCAGCCACCGUCGUCAAAGGAACGCUACCGCGCGACCCAUCCGAAUUCGUCAAGACAUGAACUCGUUAGAAGAGUAGAAACGUUUCAAUCGUGGACGAGCAAACAGCGAACACAACCAGCGUGGCUCUAUGUACGUUCUUCAAUCGUGGAACUCCGCAGCCGUCGUUUUGUGGUUCUCCUCGAGUCAAGACUGCGAUUAAUCCAAAGAAGAAAGAAGAGAAUCAACUGAGAGACGUGAUAUUGAGAAAAAUAUAGUCGCUGGUCGUUUAAGGUUUGUCAUUACGCGCGAAUUUGAGAAUACAUUCCACUUUGCGUUCGGUCAACCAACCCCGCUGCUGGAGGUGGGACUUUAGCGAUAUCUCGAAUACGACUACUGCUUUAAGAACGAUGGGACUUACGACGACUACGAACACGAACGACGCUUACCGCAGACCAGAAUCAUUGCAGUGGGUAAAAAAACAGGUUUCGAACGCGUUGCAAGUAGUAUAAACUAAGACUUAGACGUCACUGAAACGCAAAGUGGUAAUCGUUACACUCGUUGCUCGAAUCUCGUACAGUCCCGCGGUUUAUGUCAAUUGUCAAGCAUAAUCUUGCUGGCGGUCAUCGUGCUAAAAAUUCGAGAUCUCUGCGAUCGUUUUGAGAUUUCUAAAGAUGGGUUGUGAGCAGCGAUUUUGAAUCGUACGAUGGGCAAUCGCAAAAUCGACGAGGAAGGUGAUCAGGGAUUGAAUAUCACAGAGAUGGGAAUGAUCGAAGCCUGGUGUUGUACAUACAUGUUAUGCGUAUAUGUGUAUGCUUGAAGAGAGAAUGCGUGAAUUGGAUCUCGCGUGGCUCUGUAUACGCGCACACACACACGAACAAAGACUCGUGAUCAGUGUAAGUAUUCGGAAUGUCUAGGAACCGCGGAUCUUAGGCCUAAAUGAAAUUUAAUUACAAAAUACGUGCUCAAACUUUGGAGAACGUGGAGAGGAAUUGCAAAGAUCGAUCGGAUUCUGAUCGGUGAAGAUGGGAAGUGAGAGGAAGGGAUGGUUGAAGAAUGAAAGAAAUAUAUCGAAUUAACGUACUGCCGCGUAGAGCAGGAUAAAUGGCAAAGGAUAGAUGAAGGGUACAGACGCUGAGAAGGAUGUUGAGCAGGGAGAAAGGGAUGAUAAGAGGCGUUUAGAAAAGUGCAAGCGUACCAGUUAGAUAUGGGCUCUUAAGCAGAAAUCGUGUACAGGUCCGUCGUGCGCGCAAAUUACAAACUAUAUUUUUAACUCUUUAAAAGUAAUAUUUUGAGCUGUACAUAUAUUAUUAUAUUCAUACGAUAUUGAUAACAAUGAUAUUCUCUUGUUCAUGUUUUAUAAACAAAAAAAACGUGGUAGAACGAAUGGAAGAUAAAUGAAACGGGUGUUAUAGUUCGACGUAGAUAGAACCACGGCGAGCAGGGCAGUGGAGCUCUCGUAUCUUUCUCCAAUUUGGUUUUGUUCGCGCGCAAGUGACGUUUCGUAUUAUGUGCAAUAUUACGAGUAAGGGGAUAAAUUAGGGGACGGAAUUCGGAGUCUGUCUUGGGGCGACGUGCGACGAUUCUCCGAGCGAUAACUCCCCUUCAAUGCGACCAACGUUUUCUUUCCGUCUCGAUCUUCUUCGUUUUCUCGUCGUUUGGUUGGGUCGUUCGAACGAGAAUAGAAAUGGAUGGAAAAAGACAGGGAGGAUUCAAUUAGGCCAAAGAAAAAAAUAUAUACGGGGUCGGGGUAGGGGGAUGAAAAAGCAGCAGCAUAUGAAAAGUGAUUCGUGCGAGAAUGUCGAACACACUGCCCUGUUCUUUUAAAUCUUCGUUGCACAUUCAUGCUAUAAAAAAUAAUGAACGUACAAGUAACAAAAAAAAUGGAAACUUUAGAACUUUGUGUAAAAAGAAUGUAACGAUGUUUAAUCGCGUAAGGGAUUUAUAACGGCGAAAAAGAAGUAAAACAAAAGAAAUGCCAUUAUAAUUAACGAACAAGUACAAAUUAUUGAAGGAAAAUGAGUAAACAAAUUACGUCUACGUCUAAUAAUUCUUAGGUUCCGUAGUGAGUUUAAAGAACGAUGGAGGGGAGUGUUUAACGAGACGCAAGGAUAGAGUAAAUUACGUGCGUCCUCUCGAGUUUUAGCGACUGUAAAGUAAACAAGAGAGAACGAAUAUGAAAAAGAGAAACGCGUAAGAUGCGAGGACGGGAGAACAAACAUAUCUUCAAUCUAAAUAAAGAAAAAGUAUACCGUGAACGAGAAUACAAUUUUAGAUUUAGGUGUCUUCCGAAGACGGGAGUUUUUAAGAGUAAUUACGUAUACAGUCGUAGAAGUUAACAAAAACAAGUCUUCUCUGUGGCCGGUCAAAGCAUAAUGUGGAGGGUAAGAAAAUGAGAAAUGGUACGUUCCUUUCUAUUCGUACGGGAUACGAAAAUUUUUUUCGACUCGGGGGAAAAGCUUAAUGGUAAUACAUUAGUGAAAAGUAUCCUAGUCAUUUUGGAAACUUUUUAUAAUUCUGUGAUAUGUCGAACUAGUAUCAAGAUGUAUUAUUCGGCGCUUAAAAAAUAAAAGGGGAACUCAACAAACUAGACGGCCGUAAAAAAGCAAACGAAGAAACAAAGUAAUUAUCGCGUUCCACAUUAUGAUUUCCGGCGUAUUUGUACGUAAACUGCAUACAUAUUGCAUAGCGAAAGGAAACUACAUAUAAUUGGUUAACUGCUAAUGGAAAAUUCUGUGAUGUUCUUCAGUUGGGUAUACUAAAACGAAAAAAAGAAUAUUAGAAGUAUAUGAAAAAGAAAAAAAAACAAAAGUAUACGGAAUUAGAUCGAUGUUCGGUGUUGUGUAAGUUAAUAUUUGUAAAAAGACGAAGGAGCGAAAGACGAGGGAGGAGACUUUUUAUGCCGAGGAAAUUAAGGAAAGAGUCAAACGCUGCCCGAGUUCUCACGAUUGUCCAGGCGACCGUUGAUCCAUUCAGGAAAAAUCUUAUUUCGGGGGAAGAGAUGUGAAAAGUAAAAAGAUUCACUCGCACGUCGUUAAAAAAUUUAAUGGGAAAACCGUGUAAGGAAAAUGCGGCGAGCUUACGUACAUCAGCUCGGAAUUGAUAAUCGGUACGAUACCAAAGUGGAUUUGACUGUUAUUGCGAUUAUUUUUAUUUUGUUUCUUUUUGUUUUUUCGUUUUCUCUUUUUAUUAAGCGAGACCAAAGUUGUUUUUUAAUUGGGUUUUCCCCACGAUGUCCGACGUGUUUCUUGCGAUCAGCUGUUGCCGAACGAAAGCGAGAGACGGGGCUCAGUGUUUGGAUAUAUAACAUAUCUCUUCAGGGUACUCGACCCACUGUACGCUGUCACGGUGUUGAAUCGAAAAAUCAUAAAAAGAGAAAAAGUUAAAAAAAAAAAAUCGUACA